CUUCAGAGGGAGCCCAAUAAUCCUUAUGAUAAAAAUGCAGUGAAAGUAAAUAAUGUGAAUGGAGACCAGGUAGGCCAUAUAAAAAAAGAACUAGCGGCAGCAUUGGCAGGCAUUAUGGACAACAAACUAGCAAUAGUUGAAGGGUAAGUGUGAAGAUUAUGCUUUUGGUUCCGUGAACAUAAAUAAUGGAAACUUUUUUUAUUGCUACACUAACAAAUUCUGAAAACUAUUUGUAAGUUUUCUCUUUUGACAGUAAUGACAGCUCUUGGUAAUGUGAUUAAAACUUCAUGUUUUCAGACUCUUUAUUCUUCUCUUGAACUACUUGCAUACAGUUCAUUUUUUCAUUGCUUCCCCAUCAGAAGCAGGCUUUAGCUUGGAUGAUUUCACGUGAGAACAGUAAUGAUUUGCCACCAUUUUGGGAAGAGAGAAGUAACUUCUAUUACAAUAUACUUACAAAUUUUGCAGAAAAGCAGCGACCUAAAAAUGUUCUUGGAGGAAUACUGGCUGAUGAUAUGGGACUGGUAAUAAUGCUUACCAAGCUUGAUUUUUUUUUUUUUUUAAAUACAGAAUGUGUGUGCAUGUUUCUUGAUUGGUUGGUAAUUUGGUUCAUUUUAAUCUGUGGAAAAUAUGACGUUCUUUUUUGUUAUGCAGGGUAAAACGCUUACUGUUAUUGCAUUGAUUCUCACAAAUUUUCAAGAUGGCAAGCCUCUUCCUGUUGAAAAGAUCACAAGCGAUAAAAUGUAGAGACACUACUGAGAGCAAAUUCCUUAAUUUAAAAGUUCCACAACAAUGUUUAACUGCAUGUGGUGGUUUGUACAAAAGGUUUACGCAGUAUGGGUAGUAACACCUACCUGGAACAUUCUGUAUUUUGAUGAAGAUAAGCACUUUGGAGUACCUGCUGCUGAAGAAAUAACAAGGUUUAUUAUAAAAAGUGAAACAAUUAAAAGAUAACUGCUGUGGGUUUUUCAUCAGGGUUGUCCCUUAUGGAGCAAAAAAUGCCUUUACCAUGCCUGUGCAAAUGAGCUUUUGGGGACGAGAGGAAAACAAGGAAGCAGUGCUAGAUCAGCUAAAAAGGCAUGGAUUUAAGUUGGCUCCUCCUCUGAAAGUAGGUUCAGAAUGUGGUUUUGGAUCAAAGUGGAUUUCUGGGAGAUCUGGUCCAAGUUACAGCGCUCCAGUUCAUGCUGCUGUGCAGUUGACGACUGAACAGCUUAAAAGUGAAUUUGACAAAUUGUUUGAGGAUCUGAAGGAAGAUGAUAAAACUUGUGAAAUGGAAGGAGCAGAGGCUGUUGGCACACUCUUGCUUCCCCAUCAGAAGCAGGCUUUAGCUUGGAUGAUUUCACGUGAGAACAGUAAUGAUUUGCCACCAUUUUGGGAAGAGAGAAGUAACUUCUAUUACAAUAUACUUACAAAUUUUGCAGAAAAGCAGCGACCUAAAAAUGUUCUUGGAGGAAUACUGGCUGAUGAUAUGGGACUGGGUAAAACGCUUACUGUUAUUGCAUUGAUUCUCACAAAUUUUCAAGAUGGCAAGCCUCUUCCUGUUGAAAAGAUCACAAGCGAUAAGUUUUUUGAGGAAUCUGGUACUAACAGCAUGAACAGCGUUGGACGCAGACUAUGUAAAGACUCUAGCAAUGUGAUGGAGCCUGGUGUUUCUGACGUAAAAAAGUUUGAAAAUGCUCCGCUGAAAUAUUCAAGUUGCCUUCCAAAAAGAGAUAAAGCCAAGAAACCCAGAUGUUCAGGAAGCAGUGACUUGGGAGAAUCUGAAGAAUGGCUAUUCCAACAAACAGAAACAACCUCCUGUGUUAUCCAAGAAGAUGCAGGCUUUGCAUCUGUUCUUCUACCUUCAUCUGCUUGUUUAAAAAGACCAGCAAAGAGAAAAGGUACCGCAAGCGUUCAGUCAGUUGAGAAGAAAUAUGCUGAUGGUGGCCCCAGAGCAACACUGAUUGUAUGUCCACUGUCUGUCCUAAGCAACUGGAUUGACCAGUUUGAACAACAUAUCCACCAAGACUUUCAUGUAAAUAUUUAUGUUUAUUACGGUUCUGACCGUAACAAAGACCCAUCAGUUCUUUCAGAACAAGACAUUGUACUGACAACGUAUAACAUCUUAGCUACUGAUUAUGGAAUCAGAGGUGACAGCCCUUUACAUAAAGUCAAGUGGCUGAGAAUUGUGUUGGAUGAGGGGCACACUAUACGAAAUCCAAAUGCUCAGCAAACUAAAGCUGCCUUAAAUCUGGAGGGACACAGAAGAUGGGUACUUACAGGCACUCCUAUUCAGAAUUCUGUAAAGGAUUUGUGGUCUCUUAUUUCCUUCUUAAAACUGAAACCUUUUACUGAUCGAGAGUGGUGGCACAGAACAAUUCAACGUCCAGUCACAAUGGGAGCUCCAGGAGGACUUGGGCGUUUACAGUCUCUGAUUAGGAGUAUUACCCUUAGAAGAACUAAAACAAGUAAAGUUAAAGGAAAACCCAUUUUGGAGUUACCAGAACGUAAAGUACUUAUUCAGCAUGUUACGCUUACAGAGGAAGAGAGACAAAUCUAUCAGUCUGUGAAGAAGGAGGGCAGAGCUGCUAUUAGCAGAUUUUUCAGUGAAGGGACUGUACUAGCUCACUACGCUGACAUCCUUGGUGUCCUGCUCAGAUUGAGGCAGCUUUGUUGUCAUCCUCAUCUUUGUAUGAAUACAUCUUCUAGCUUUUCAGCUGAUAAUAAAACUCCUGAAGAACCGCGUGAGAUACUAGUGAAUAAAAUGAAGUUGGUUCUUAGCUCUGGUUCAGAUGAAGAAUGCGCGGUUUGCUUGGAAUCACUGACUCUUCCUGUGAUCACGCGCUGUGCACAUGUGUUUUGUAAGCCAUGUAUUUUUGAAGUCAUCAGAAGUGAACAGCCAAACGCCAAAUGCCCUCUCUGUAGGAGUGAGCUUCGAGUAGAGCACUUGGUGGAAUGUCCCCUAGAAGAGGAAGCAGACUCCACUAAGGGAAAGAAGUCUGAUCAGGAGUGGAUAUCCAGUUCAAAGAUAAAUGCUCUCAUGCAUGCUUUGAUAGAACUACGGAGGGAUAAUCCAGCUGCUAAAUGUCUGAUUGUUUCUCAGUUCACAAAUUUCCUGUCACUGAUAGAAAAUCCCUUGAAAGAAUCAGGAUUUGCCUUUACUCGUUUGGAUGGGUCAAUGGCACAGAAGAAAAGAGUGGAAGCGAUUCAGUGUUUCCAAAGCAGCCAAGCAGGAUCCCCAACUGUAAUGCUUUUGUCUCUGAAAGCAGGUGGAGUUGGAUUAAAUCUGACAGCAGCUUCCCGAGUGUUUUUAAUGGAUCCUGCUUGGAAUCCUGCUGCAGAAGACCAGUGUUUUGACAGGUGUCACAGGCUGGGUCAGAAGCAUAAUGUUGUUAUUACUAAGUUCAUUGUGAAGGACUCAGUGGAAGAAAAUAUGCUGAAAAUUCAAAACAAGAAGAGGGAACUUGCAGCAGGAGCCUUCGCUACCAAAAAGCCUUCAGCAAGUGAAGUAAAACAAACCAAAAUUAAUGAAAUUAAGGCUCUAAUUGACUUAUAACUCAAAACUGUGCUUUUUGAGUAAAUAAUAGAUUUAAUAUUCUAGUUAAUAUUGCUGUUACAUGUCUCAUGCUGACUUUUAGUUUUGCUGUCAUUGUGGUCAAAACAUAAUGCUUCAAAUAAAUUAUAAAAAUUAAUUUGCCCCUAAAUGUUAGUUUAGAAAUGCACAACCUUGUUUUGCACCCCUGAAAUCUUUCCAGUGUUCGUUCUUCGAAAUGUUGCUUAUUAUGUACAACACUUAAGAACACAUAAAAAUGCCUCAAAAGAGAAAUGCGUAUUCAGGCAUUCUAACUCGCAAGCAUUUAGUCUCUUUUUAGAGGUGAAAAGGUAAAAAAAGGUAAAUAAUGUAUGUUCUGUCUUUCAGCCAAAACCCUUAAGAAAUUAAUUAGCUUGAUGUUUCAAUCUCGAUGUUUCCUGACAACCAAACAGAACAUCUGGAUUGUUUCAGAAUAGGUGGUCAGUGAUUACUUCAUAAGGAAUUCUAACUUUCACAGACUAUGUUCAAAGAUGAUAUUUAAUUCAAAAUUUAAUUUAAAAAAAAUUUUUUUUUUUUUUUUUACUAUUUCUGAAUAACACACAGGUGCAGCAGGGAGGUCCUCUGUUGAUUACUUCCCAGGAGCUAGUAAAAAUGAAGUACUUAAAUUUGUAAAACACUUUCUUUUAAUAUUUUACUUCCCUUAAACAGGAUUCCACUGUUUUUUGUAAAAGUAAAGGUGUUGUGAUUUGGAUAAAAUGCUACAAUUAUAGGCUCGUAUUGAUGACACACUUUCUAAUAAUUUCUGUACACAUGUUGAACAAUAAGACUGUGCUAUAUGCAAGGUAGAAUAUGACCCACUCGCUUAUCAGUGAAUCAGUUAGCCCUUGCAAAAUAGAUUAAACAAAUUAUUUUAAUAGCUGCCAGCUUUCUGACAGUUUUCUUGCACUGCUAAGUGCUUUUCCAAUCCCAUAUAUAUGUCUUAAUGGAAUGCUGAUCUGCAUACAUCUUGAUUAAUAGAGGAAGAAUUUGGUAAACUACUCACGUUCAUGUACUGCAAAGUAAUAAAUAGCACUGAAGAAUCUCAGUUGAA